GCUGGGAUAUUUCUUUUUAACGAAUGUUAAAGCAUAUUUAAUAAAAAAUCAAGUUUUUAAGACUUAGGCAAAUUAAAGAAAGAUAAAAAAAAGAGAAUCGACUGUGCAUCUAUACAUCUGUACGAUUCUCGUUUGGUAUACACACGAUCAUCUUCAUAAUAAUAUGUGAGAAUGUCGUUAAAGAACUAUAUUUUCGCUACAAUAAACACCAAGUCAACAACAACAUUUCAAAGUCGUGGUGAAGAGCCAUCAGUAGACACCACAUUACCAACGAUAAUAGAAGGCGAUAGUUCGGAGUCGAGCAUGAAUUGGAUAAAAAAAGCAUGGAACUUUGUGUCGAUCGAACCGGUGAUGGUUUGCUGGAUUCUUCCCUCCUGCUUACUGUAUAUUGCCGUUGAGAAUUUGUCAUUGGAAAAAUCGUGUCGCGUUAACUAUGGCUAUUCCGAUUUGGUGUGUGACAACAUGAUUGAUAAGUCUAUCAAUAGUAUCGAUUGUGUGGAAGUUCGAAGCAGAAAGAGUGAUACGAAUGGAACUAUCGAAUUGGACCAUGAUCUCAUGUACAAUUCGUCUUAUAUCAAAGCUUAUAAUGGCAGUGAAUUGAUUAAUUUGAAUAUCUCGGAAACGAAAAGUGAUCUGGAAGAACAGGUGUGCAAAGCCGAAAUCGACAGUCAAAUUCUCGACUCAGCACUAAAUGUUUACACUUCUCCGUUCGACACGGUCUUUGGCAUUUUGAUGAUUCUGUUUGCCGGAGGAUGGAGUGACAAAAAAGGAAAACGAAAACCGUGCAUGUUAUUGCCGUUGAUUGGCGAGACCGCAUCUUUAUUUGUCCUGCUCAUAUCAGCAAUUUUUAUGAAACAAUUGCCGCUUGAAUUCAAUAUGAUUUUAAGUAAAUUGUUGCCAGCUAUGGGCGGUGGACAAAAUUUAAUGUUGAUGGGCGUGUACAGCUAUUUAACCGAAAUGACUGAGGAAAAAGACAGAACUUUUCGAUUUGGCAUUUUCGCCGUUUUCGUCCCCUUAAUUCCUGUUGUUUCUCUUCCAUUUAGCGGAAUUCUAUUUCAAACUUUAGGAUAUGUUAAAUUACUGUUGCUAUGCAUACCCAUAAACGUUUUGGGAUGUCUCUACAUCAUAUUCGUACUAAAAGAAGUCGACCACAGUAAGAUACAAGCAACCAAUGGAGCCGUCAGCAACGGAACGACUGAAGGAACGGAUAAUCCUGGCUUUGAAUUGAAAGAAUCGGCACCGCAGACCACCACUGCGACGAACGGAAACGGAACCACCUCACCCACACCUGUAAUCACAGCACUGAAGAAGAAUUUCUUUGUAGAAUUUUUCAAUCCAGCUGUUGCCGUCGGCUGCAUUCAAGUGAUUUUGAGAGAGAGAGCCCACAAUGGUCGUAAAGUUAUAUGGCUGUUGUUGAUUAUGUAUUUCAUAGCCAUUGGUCCAGCUUUUGGAGAGGAGCCAAAUGAAUACAAUUUUACGCGUAUCGUUCUAAAUUGGGAUGGUCUACAGUACAGUCCGUUUGCCACAUACGGAAAUUUUAUUUCCUUGACUGGUACAAUGGUAAUGGUGGGCGGUUUGAGUAAGUUAUUCCAUUUGUCGGAUCCAUUGGUUGGAUUUUUGGCAACAACUUUCUCGGGCAUUUCCCGAUUGUUUUACACAGCUGCAGCCACAAGUACUAUGUUGUAUGUGGCAAGAACUAUCGACAUGUUUGUGAGCGUACGAGCAUUGACUUUGAAGAGUAUAAUAUCGGUGUUUGUCGACAGUACUGAAUUAGGGCGAAUAUUUUCGAUCAUUGGAAUCAUUGAGGCGUUCGCCAAAUUCGUAUUCGUGUCGGUGUACAGUUUAAUCUACCAACACACAUUGGAAACACUGCCAAGCGCUUUCUACCUCUGCAGUUUCGUCUGUUUAGUAGUUGUCGCAGUAAUAUAUGCGUUCCUCUAUUUCAUUGUUAAAAAGAAACAUGCCAGAGAAGAAGCACAAUCGGCCAAUACUCCAGAGACUGCGGCAGAAACUGGAGAUGUAUGGAAAUCGAGUACGGAGCAAAACACACACAUGUAGAUGGUGAAAAUUGUAUAUUAAACGCGAGAUGAGCGGUAGGAAUGCGAGGAGUCUCAAGUCAAACCAGAUUCAUAAAAUAAUUUUUUUUAAAAAUUAAAUUGUAAAUAAAUAUA